AAAAAAAACAAAAAAGGUGAAGAAAAGGAAGGAAGCUAACAGCAGCAGCAGCAGGCGGCAACAGCUAUGGCUAAUCACCAGCAAUGGCCGGGCGUGAACUUUAGCGUGUAGCUCACAACUUCACUGGGAGUUUUAAAUAAAACUAAACUCCGACGGCAGCAGCUUCCUCCAGUCGAGAGGAAAUAAGGAAGUGUGCCGCUGACUGACUUCCAUUUGCUGGUUGCCGGACAAAGACAAAGGUCCUCAGAUGUUGACCUCGGACUUUCCAGUGUGAGGACUCGUCUCCAGGCUGGAACAUGUUAUCUCCCAGAGCCAGACCUCCUCUCUCCUGACACAUGGAGUUUUAUCUACCUCAACCCACGUGGACUCCGCUCCCUCAGUUCUACCUCUAAAAACUCAGCCACUCUGUCUCUACCUCAACACGAACUGUAAAGUCACGGACUCACGGAUCUGUUAUCAGCCCGCUCACAAACACCAAGAGACCCUUCAGGUGUGUCAGUCAUCAGGUGACGUUGUAACACAGUUGACUGGGUUUCUUCCUGCUUAGCUGCUCGAGGAGCCAACCUCAUCAGCCAUGUUACAUGGAAGUUUGUGAUGUCCCAUCCCUGUGACGGACCAGGAGCAGGGAAAGGACAGGGACGGGAUCGAAGAGACGUUCCUCGGUUUGUGCUUGGCUGUGACGAUGAUGAGCAGGACGCGGGCCAAAUGGAGCCAGGCAUGAAGAAUGAGAUGUAUCGCGAAGAGGAAAUGGAGGACGAUGAAGAUGAGUCGCCACCAGAGCGACAGAUUGUGGUCGGCAUAUGUGCCAUGAUGAAGAAGUCCAAAUCCAAGCCCAUGACUCAGAUCCUGGAGCGCCUUUGUAAGUUUGACUACAUCAACGUGGUCGUCUUUCCCGAGGAGGUGAUCCUGGAGGAACCUGUGGAGAAAUGGCCCCUGUGCGACUGCCUUAUCUCCUUCCACUCCAAAGGUUUCCCUCUGGACAAAGCUGUGGAGUACGCCAAGCUCAGGAACCCACUGCUCAUCAAUGACCUCAACAUGCAGUAUUUCAUACAGGACAGGAGGGAAGUGUACCGCAUCCUGCGAGAAGAGGGCAUUGACCUACCCCGUUAUGCUGUGCUAAACCGAGAUCCCGACAAUCCUGAAGAGUGUAACCUUGUGGAGGGAGAGGACCACGUCGAGGUGAACGGGGAAGUGUUUCCAAAACCCUUUGUGGAGAAACCUGUGUGUGCCGAGGACCACAAUGUCUACAUCUAUUACCCAACAUCUGCUGGAGGGGGCAGCCAGAGACUCUUCAGAAAGAUAGGGAGUCGUAGCAGUGUGUACUCGCCAGAAAGCAGCGUACGUAAGACUGGAUCCUACAUAUAUGAGGAGUUCAUGCCCACAGAUGGUACUGAUGUGAAGGUUUACACGGUGGGUCCAGACUACGCCCAUGCAGAGGCCCGGAAAUCUCCUGCCCUGGACGGAAAGGUGGAGCGGGACAGCGAGGGGAAGGAGAUCCGCUACCCAGUCAUGCUGACUUCCAUGGAGAAACUGGUUGCCCGCAAGGUCUGCCUGGCCUUCAAGCAAACGGUGUGUGGGUUCGACCUGCUCAGAGCCAACGGCCACUCCUUUGUCUGUGAUGUCAACGGCUUCAGCUUCGUCAAAAACUCCAUGAAGUACUACGACGACUGUGCCAAAGUCCUGGGCAAUAUGGUGAUGAGGGAAUUAGCCCCCCAGUUCCACAUCCCCUGGUCCAUCCCCAUGGAAGCUGAAGACAUCCCCAUUGUCCCCACAACCUCAGGAACCAUGAUGGAGCUGCGCUGUGUUAUUGCCAUCAUCCGCCAUGGAGAUCGUACACCAAAGCAAAAGAUGAAAAUGGAGGUCCGCCACCCUCUAUUCUUUGAGUUGUUUGAGAAGUACGGAGGCUUCAAGUCAGGGAAACUAAAGCUGAAGAAGCCAAAACAGCUUCAGGAAGUGCUUGAUAUCGCCCGCCUGCUGCUGGUUGAACUGGGCCAGCACAACGACUGUGAGAUUGAAGAGAAGAAAUCUAAACUGGAGCAACUCAAGACCGUCCUGGAGAUGUACGGUCACUUCUCAGGUAUCAACAGGAAAGUCCAGCUGACCUACCUGCGUAACGGCCAGCCGAAAGCCUCAAGUGAGGAAGAAGACUCUAAGAAGGACGGUCCUUCUCUGCUGCUCGUGUUGAAGUGGGGCGGGGAGCUGACGCCGGCAGGCCGGGUUCAGGCUGAGGAGCUGGGCAGGGCCUUUCGCUGCAUGUACCCUGGAGGUCAAGGUGACUACGCUGGGUUUCCAGGCUGUGGCCUCCUGCGCCUGCACAGUACUUACCGCCACGACCUGAAGAUCUACGCCUCUGACGAGGGCAGGGUGCAGAUGACAGCGGCCGCUUUUGCAAAGGGUCUGCUGGCUCUGGAAGGGGAGUUGACUCCAAUCCUGGUUCAGAUGGUGAAGAGUGCCAACAUGAACGGACUGCUGGACAGCGACAGCGACUCUCUGACUGACUGCCAACAGAAGGUGAAGGCCAGGCUGCACGAGAUCAUGCAGAAGGACCAGGAGUACACUCAGGACGACUAUCAAAAGCUUGCACCAACUGGCAGCCCGUCGCUGGUGAACUCAAUGGAGAUCAUAAAGAAUCCGGUCAAAACCUGCGACAAGGUGUACACCCUCAUUCAGAGUCUCACCUCACAGAUCCGCAAGAGACUGGAGGAUCCCAAGUCUGCAGACCUGCAGCUUUACCACAGCGAGACGUUGGAGCUGAUGCUGCAGCGCUGGUCCAAACUGGAGAGAGACUUUCGCAUGAAGAACGGCCGCUAUGACAUCAGCAAGAUCCCGGACAUCUACGACUGCAUCAAAUACGACACACAACACAACGCCUCGCUCGGACUCGAGGACACGCUGGAGCUGUUCAGACUGUCCCGCGCCCUGGCUGACAUAGUCAUACCACAGGAGUAUGGCAUCAGCAAAGCAGAGAAACUGGACAUCGCGCAGGCCUACUGUGUUCCUCUGAUGAAGAAAAUCCAGCUGGACCUGCAGAGAACCCAUGAGGACGAGGCCGUUAACAAACUGCACCCCCUGUAUUCUCGUGGCGUGAUGUCCCCUGGUCGUCACGUCCGCACACGUCUCUACUUCACGAGCGAGAGCCACGUUCACUCACUGCUCAGCAUCUUCCGCUACGGAGGCCUGCUUGAUGAGGAGAAGGACUGGCAGUGGAAACAGGCGAUGGACUACCUGAGUGCUGUGACUGAACUCAACUACAUGACACAGAUAGUCAUUAUGCUGUAUGAAGAUAAUGAUAAGGAGCCCACCUCAGAGGAGCGUUUCCAUGUUGAGCUUCACUUCAGUCCAGGAGUCAAAGGGUGUGAAGAUGAGGAGAAUGUACCUCUUGGCUUUGGCUUCCGCCCAGCGUCCUCAGAGAAUCAAGACAAAAAGCCCAAUCAAGGCAGUCUGGAGGACCUCUCCCAGGACCAGACAGACCAGGCACUUCCUGUCUCUGAGCCAAUCAACAUCCAGCGGAGGUCCCCCAUGAUCCGCAACCGCAAGGCAGGCUCCAUGGAGGUUCUCUCUGAGACCUCCCCCACCCAGUCCUCCAAAGGCUGCACAUCCCACCGACUCUUCCACUCGUGUUCACGUCAGUCACCUGAGAUCAAACCGACUAGUGGCCUAGGCUCGCUCUGCUCUGGCCUCUUCAGUGCCUCCGCCCUUGGGGUGUCCUGUAGCGCCCCCAACCUGCGGGACUACGUCCGCACGCACCACCACCACCACCGAAAACCACCUCUGUCCCCUGGCAGUCUGCCGUGUCAGAUUGGCAUGUUUGAGCUGUUCUCUAUGCCGGCAGUAAAGAGAUUUUCUGUGUCGUUUGCCAGGCAUCCGACUAAUGGGUUUGAAGGCUGCUCCAUGGUGCCCUCCAUCUACCCGCUGGAGACGCUGCACAACUCGCUGUCACUGAAGCAGGUGGACGAGUUCCUCAACACGGUGUGUGAGAACAGCAGCAGCGAGGCCCACGCCAAAACCAUGAAAGCGCUGUCCAGCCUGUUUGACUCUCAGAGCCAGACGUCUCUCUACAGCCCUCAGCAGCCUUUGUCCUCCUCUGGCUCUGAAACAUCUCUCCGGCCGCCGAGCCAGCCUCUUUGGCAUGGCAGCAUCCCCUCCAGUGCUGUGUCCAGUGCGGGCCCCUCCUCCCCGACCACAGAGAGCUCCGGCCUGAACUUCAGCUUCAGUGAGUAGACCAAAAGACACAAGGACUUCUGGGUAUCGACGGACGCCAUCUGAAGACCUCCGUGUGUCCUUUUCACCUGUCCUCCUGCUCACAUUCACAAAACAAAACAAAUCAAAAUGAAAAACUCUGGAGGAGAUGCUGAUUCUGGAGAGGCUGUAAAUAGAACCGCUCAGACUUGGCUCUUCUGCUGCAGCCGAACUACAGCACGUCCGACCGCCACACCCUCCCUGCUCCACACACCGAGAGAGAAAACACUGGACGUUCAACAGCUCAGAACCUCCCAUCAGCUCGAUCCUGCUCUUCAGUUUGUCAUCCAUAAACACUCACAAACCAGCUCAGAGACGGAGCAUCAAGCCAGCAUCCAGACAAAUAACAACAGAGCCUGCUGUUUGUUUGUUUUGGUCUGAAAACAUCUCACACGCCAGCUGAUCAGCUCAGGUGUGACAGUAGGACACGUUUGACUGAAAUCCACAACACGUCGUGAGUCAAAGUGUCCACUGUUGUCCCCGACCCCACCACGUUUUGGGUGGUUAAUCACAGCUGCCUUAGAGAGAAAACAGACUGUUUUUGAAUUUAAAGUGAAUUUUGGUCACAUAUGAACACUUCGGCUUACGUGGGUUGGAAGUUAAAGCUGAAAGGACCGUUUGAUAUUUCAGAAGAUAUUAUACACUUUUUUGCCGACAGUUAAGAUGAGAAGAUCGGUGAUGCCUUUCUUAUCUGUCUCUUAAAUAUGAAGCUACAUCCGGCAGCUAGUUAGCUUAGCUUAGCGUAGCGUAGCACAAAGACUGGAUAUGUAGUAACCAUCGGUUUCUGUCCAACAGUAGCUCUAAUUAACACCUUUAUGAACACAAGCUGAAGUGUAAAAAGAAGGUGCUGGUAGGCAGUUUUUGUCACCUUUGGACUGAGCCAGUCUCGCUGUUUGCACUAAGCUAAGCUAACUGAGUGUUUACUGUAGCUUCAUGUUUAGCACGUAGAAGUGAGAGUCAGUCUCAGGUUAAAAUCGUAAAGAAUGGACUUUAUUCUGAAGCCAUUUGGAAUUUAAAUCCAGCUGUUAACAAAGGAGCAGCCCAGAAGCGCUCUAAUAUACAAAGAUGUUCAUCAUGCAAACACGAGGCCUUUUUAAAGAGAUGAUAAACAAAUCACUCACGAGAAUCUGGAGGCAAAUUGGUCAUCUUUUCAAAGUUUUACAUUUGGUUCACAUCAGUACCUGCUACAGUACGUUCACAGGAUUCUCACUUUGGUUCAUACAACCAAAGUAACAAGACUCCAUUUUGGAAUGGAGGUGUUUAAAAACCGGAGCCAGCUUGAUCAAACUGUGCGAGUCUUUUCAGUGACGAUCCGCUGUUCAGUGAAGACACAGUUUAUCACUGUUUAAAUGUGCCUUUAAAUGCCUUGAAGAGACGUUUGUUAAGACACUGUGGGUUUCCUGCUGUAUUUUUAUAAUUUUUUCGUUGGGGGGGUUAAAAAUUGAGACUGAUGUUGAGAAAAUCUGUGGUAUAGUUUUAUUUCAGAGGCAAAGGGAAGAACCACUUGAUUAAGUGAACGGUAAAAAUGUACUUGUGCGUGAUGACGACUACCUGACGAGUUUGUGUCUGCUGUCAAACCAAAUUACAUGUGUAUUUUAAUGUGAAAUCAAUUAAAUGACUGUUGCUAAUCGUUAAAUGAGUGAUACUCAGGAUUUUAUCAACAUGUGACUGAACUGGGGGUCAAUUCACUUUCAGUUAUUUUGAAAAGGAAAGAAAGAAAGAAAGACGUUCUGUGGUGAACUUACUGCUUUAAACUCAGAAGAAAUGCUUUUAUAACUUUGACCAAAACUCGUAGACUUGAAGCUUUAUCAUGAAAUUAAGACUCGCGGUUUUAUCAUAGCAGAGAUUGUUAUAUUCAGCCGGUUCUCUCUGCAACGCCGACAUAAAUGAGAGAAAUAAAACAAAACCCUGCUCAUUUCAAACUGGUUAAAUCGAAAAUGAACUGACUCCAGAAGCUGAAAACAUCUGCUGUAGAACAAAAAUAUAUAUAAAAAUAGGCAUAUACGUGUGUGCGUGUUUUUGUUUUAGAUUUCAAUUGAAUUUUUUUUUUUUUUUUUUUACUUAAAGUGGUUGUAAUUUUAGUUGUGUAUUUAUUUAAUGUGCUAUUUAAUGUCCGCCAUGACAGGAGGUGUGUGUUUCUGUGACGCGUUUGGCUGCUGGAGAACAAAGUCGAGGUUUACUGUGUAAAAUGUGUCCGACGUUUCUGUCAGUCUCUUUGAGCUUCACUUUGGGCUGUAAUGAAGGAGGAGGAUAAUAAACAAACAAACAAAAAAUCA